AUGGCUUCAACGCUCGCCGGUGCUCUCAAACACCAGUCAGAGGAAACCGCCAUCAUUGUGCCCCGUGAGCCACAGGCUUUGACGGUUUCUCACACCCAACUAGGCCUCGACAUCCGGAAAUUUCAGCAACAACUCGCCGACCUAGGCAUAGGUCAUGGCGAUGCCGUCUCAAUAGCAUUGCUGAACAGCUAUGAGUUUGUCAUCUCCUUCCUAGCCACUACGAAUCAGCGGGCUAUCGCCCUCCCUCUGAAUCCACAGUAUAAGCAGGAUGAAUUCGAGUUCUACAUCUCAGAUCUUACAUCAAAGCUCAUCCUUGUGCCGAAGGGAGUCUUUUCCCAGGACGCUCCGGCCGUGAGAGCAGCCAAGAAGUUCGGAGCAGGCGUGGCAGAGUGUUGGCUAGAUGGCUCAACAGUCAUCCUCGACGUGAAGCAGAGCAGGGCCGAACGGCCCGCUCAGGCGAUGCUUCACCCGGAGCCCAACGAUGUUGCUCUCGUUCUGCACACCAGCGGCACCACUGGUCGUCCCAAAGCCGUCCCCCUUUCACAUCAGAAUCUGACCCGCACCAUGCUCAACGUACAACACACCUACGAGCUCACCCCUUCCGACCGGACAUACCUCGUUAUGCCUCUCUUCCACGUUCACGGCCUUCUCGCUGGCUUCCUCGCACCACUCAUGUCCCGCUCUUCCGUCAUCAUCCCGCCCCGUUUCUCUGCCAAGAACUUUUGGCGGGACUUCACCACCCACAAGGCCAACUGGUACACCGCUGUUCCCACAAUCCACACCAUCCUGCUGCGCAAUGACCCUCCACCGACCUUACCUGAGCUCCGCUUCGUGCGCUCCUGUUCGUCACCACUCCCACCAAAAGUCAUGCUUGAGCUCGAAGCCAUGGUCCGCGCCCCAGUCCUCGAGGCCUAUGCCAUGACAGAGGCUGCCCACCAGAUGUGCUCCAACCCACUCCCGCAUCGCGGCAAGCGGAAAGCUGGUACCGUCGGUAUGGGUCAGGGCGUCGAGGUGCGCAUUCUCGACGCCCAAGGGAAGGAAGUCGCACAAGGCAAGCAUGGAGAGGUCUCUGUCAGAGGCGAGAACGUCACGAAAGGCUACAUCAACAAUGAAAAGGCGAAUGCGGAGGCCUUUACGGCAGAAGGUUUCUUUAGGACCGGAGAUCAGGGGUACAAAGACGAGGAUGGCUAUGUGGUGCUGACGGGACGAAUCAAGGAGUUGAUCAACCGAGGUGGUGAGAAGAUCAGUCCAAUUGAGUUGGACCAUGUCAUUGCCAGCAUGCCGCAAGUUGCGGAGGCUGUGAGCUUUGGCAUGCCGAGCGAGCUGUUCGGAGAGGAGGUGGGUAUCGCGGUCGUGCCGAAGGCUGGGAAUGAAGCCGUUUCGAGCGCAGAUGUUGUUCAAUUUGCUACGAAGAAGGUAGCAGGGCAUAAGGUGCCGAAGCGAGUCUGGAUCCUCAAAGAGAUACCGAAGACAGCGACCGGGAAGAUCCAACGACGCAAAGUUGCAGAGACUUUACUCGCGAAGGACACGCAGCCGAAGCUAUAG